AUGUCAACACCCAAUGUUAAGUCAGUGAUGUCAAUAUGGACUCAAGAAAUGGAACAGAGAAUGGAGUUCACGAAAGAGCUAGAGCAGAACUGCUUGAUCAGCUCUGUUACAACGUAUACAGAGUUGUUGGACUUGCAGAAGCAGCUCUUCAAGAGCCAGAUCCAACAGCUUAAAUACUUGGUUAAAACCCAUCGUGAAUUAACUGGUGUCAAUCCACUGUCUCCAGAGAUGGUGGCUGGACGGCUAUCAAUUAAGACUGAUAUUGUCAAAGUCCUACCUGAUCUGGAAGAGUUAGAUAAACAUUUUAUAGAUGAAAAGAUUGCGUUAAUGAAGAAAGAAAAAUCAUUCUCUGGACAAGUCAAAUUGAUGGAGUCGAUCUUGCAAAUAGAAAAUCCUUCUGUCCUAUCUUGGUUGUUAAUAAAAGGUGGUAUGAUGAUAUUAGCAACAUGGUUAAGUCAAGCAGCUAUGGAAGAACAAACAAGUGUCCUUAAUAUUAUUCUUAAGGUUCUUCAUAUCUUGCCACUACAGAUGGCUUUCCUUGCACAAAAAACAAUAAUAUAUAAAAUUGUCACUAAACUGCAAUUUUAUUGGACACCAGGAUUAGAUAUCUCAAAAAGUGCAAGAACCUUGUUAACAAAAUGGAGCAAUAUGUCUGCAAAGAGCCAGGAUUCGAAGGAUGGUAAAAGCCAAAGUGUUUUGCUGUAUGAAACUCGAGAUCCCAGAGAAGUUCAAAUGGUGGAGAAUCCAGACCAAAGUACGACCCUAAAGAUCCCCAAGCUGGAUCCUCAUCAAGAAUACAUAGUUCUGUCAGAUUCAGAUGAUGAAGCUCCACAACAGGAAGGAAGAAACCAGGUCCCAGACUUCAUACCAGAACAUUUGAUUAAGUACUGGCAUUUUGUUGCUGAUCCUCGCAACUGGAGAGAUCAGAAAAAUAGAUCCAGCAAAAGCACAAGACUUAUUCAGGGCCAGGAAGCAUCUGGUGAAGGUAGCAGUAGCAAAAACGACAUGGCUGGAGAGGAUUGGAUAAUGGAUCUAGAUCUGGGAUUGGUGGAUGGGGUUUUGGAGUUUUGGGCUAGGGCUAGGGCUUGUUUGAGUUUAAUAAUGAGAUUGAAGUAUUACAAGCAAACACAGCUGGAAACCAUAGCUACUGAAAAGGCUGCAGCUGAGUUUAAGUUGGAGAAGGAAGUAAAGCGGCUUCAGGAAGCACAAUUAGAACCUGAAAGAGGCAGAGCUUCUCGUCGAGCAUCAUCAUCUUGUGAAGAAGAUGCUGACAUGGAAGCACUUGAAUAUGGAUCUGUAAUAGGGAUCGAGUUUCCUGGGAGACUUAAUAGCAUCAGACCUAGGGACUCAUCAAGCCCAGCUAUAGAAGUGUCAAGUGAGACAAUGAUAUCCAGUUGUUCUAGAUUCUUCACAAAAGCCAUAUUCGUCAACACCAAACCCAAUUUACUCACAUACCCAGCCUUCUUCCUUUCUCGAAAUCUCUCGAUUCAUCUUCAUCAGGUUAGUGCAGUGGCUUCUGAAUCUGUCUCAUCUUCAGCUUUCAAGAAAAUCCAGAUUCAGAGAGACGACGCGGUUAGUGCAGUGGCUUCUGAAUCUGUCUCAUCUUCAGCUUUCAAGAAAAUCCAGAUUCAGAGAGACGACGCGGCAUUUGAUGCCUAUGUGAUUGGGAAAGAAGAUGCUCCUGGGAUUGUUGUGCUUCAUGAAUGA